GGAGCCCAGCACCGCCCGCGCGCCAACGCGCGCGCCGUCGCGCAUCUCCACACCGCGCAUCUCCUCGCAGGCCAAACCACGUCCACCAUGCAGAAGCUCAUCAUCGCCUCCAGCAUCGCCACGGCCUCGGCCUUCGUCGCGCCCACGUCCACGGCCUCCGCGUCGACGCUCAAGGCGCAGGAGUCCAUGGAGGGCCCGACCGUCGACCCCUGGUACAUGGACGGCAAGGAGCCGGACCUGAGCAAGAUCCGCGGCGUCUUCCCCGGCAAGUCCAUGCCCGCGGACUACGGCUUCGACCCGCUCGGCGUCGCGGCCAUCGACGUCUUCUCGAGCGGCGACGACGACUACCUCCGCGUGAAGAACUACCGCGACGCCGAGCUCCGCCACGGCCGCCUCGCGAUGCUCGCCGCCGCGGCGUGGCCCGUGCAGGAGCUCGUCCACCCCUGGCUCAACAAGGCCCUCGACGCGCCGAACCUCCUCAGCGACGGCCGCUCGCCGUCCGUGCUCAACGGCGGCCUCGGCGACGGCCCCAUCCCGCUCGCUUUGGCUUUCACGGCGAUCAUGGCGGGCCUCCUCGACAUCCGCGCGAUCGACAUCAAGGAGCGCACGGGCUACGACAAGUGGAUCCCCGGCGACUACGGCUUCGACCCCCUCAACAUCGUCAAGGGCGCGUCGCCCGUCGCCUUCAAGAACAUGCAGGCCAAGGAGAUCAACAACGGCCGCCUCGCCAUGGUCGCCGUCGCGUGCUACGUCGCCCAGGAGGCGGCGACGGGCGAGCCCAUCGUCGCCCUCUCCGAGGGCCUCUUCACGCCCAUCAUCUACAUGCCCUGGUUCCAGCACGUCAUGGACACGGCCUUCGGCAUCUCCUCCUUCCGCGUUUGAGCGCGGCGAGGAUCCUGUGCUCGCUCGUAACCCACUCCCUUGU